AUGUCGGAGGUGGAAGAAACUCUGAACCGCAUCAAGACCCACAAGGGUGUCUCAGGCAUUGUCAUCGUGAACAGCGAAGGAGUCCCGAUGCGAUCGACGCUGGACAGCAAGCAAACAUUGCAGUACUCGGCUCUGAUCUCCCAGCUUGCCGCGAAGGCACGAAGCGUGGUGAGAGAACUGGACCCUCAGAAUGAUUUGACCUUUCUCAGGAUCCGUUCCAAGAAGCAUGAGAUCAUGGUCGCCCCGGAUCGAGACUACAUUCUGAUCGUCAUCCAAGACCCGAACGCUGAUCAAGGAAGCUGA